UAUCAUUGAAAACUUGGGAAGAUUGUUUAAAAGUUGUCACUGAAGCAAGAUAAAUAUUUGCCAGGCAUGAUCCCACCAUGCAAUGACAUGUAAGCUGUGUGGAAUGUGUUACUAAAAUAUAAAUGUUCUGAAAAGGAAACAAAUGCUGUGGGUGAGAAAACAAAGACAAAAUGGACUUGUGGCACCUCCAAAAGCAACAAUUGAAAACAUAUUGACAUGGACUGGGCUGAAUUCUCUUCCACCAGCCGGGCAGCCGCAGUGGGUCUGCACACGCUCCAGCAGAGGCUUUUGGCACAUGAAAGAGCAAGAGCCGGUGAUGGACCAUGCUGGUGGUGAUGUCCCAGAGAUGGAGUCCCCACGCUGCGGGUCUCGCUCUUGCGCCGGCAAAACCACGGGAGGGCGCGCGGGCUCGGGGAUGCUCGGGAACAAGUCCCACCAUGCUGCAGUUACCCAGUAUCCCCCGCCACGGCAGAGGCGAGCGGAGGGCAGCAGGAUUCCCGGGGGGAAGCACAGGGAGGGGUUUGGAAGGAGCGGCCCCGAGCAGAGCGGGGCAGGGCGCGUUAUAGCGAGGGCGGCGGAGCGGUACAGCCGGCCGCCGCUUCGGCAGCUCGUCGCUUUCCGUCGCGGCCAACCGAGCGUUGCCGAGCACGGCCGGAGAUUACCGAGCAUUGCCGAACAGGCGCCCCGCGCGUGCGCCGUGUGUGUCCCAGCGAUGGCGGCGGCCCAGGCGGAGGCGGGCGGUGCGCGUUCGGUCAUGGCCGGGGCCGCGGGCCCUGCGAUGGGCGACGUGGGGCCGGUGGGCCCCGCCACGGCCGAGCUGGAGGCCGCGGGCCCCGCCGCGGACGGUGUCGAGGGCGGGGCGGACGACGCCGUGGUGGCGGAGGAGCCGCCGGCGCCGCCGCCGCUGCCGGGGCUGCGGCUGGUGCAGCAGGGCGCCGAGGCGCACGUGUACCGCGGGCUCUUCCUCGGGCGGCCGGCGGUGGCCAAGCUCCGCGUCCCGAAGCGCUACCGCCACCCGGCGCUGGAGGAGCGGCUGAGCCGGCGGCGCAUGGUGCAGGAGGCGCGGUCGCUGCUGCGGUGCCGGCGGGCAGGGAUUCCAGCUCCAGUGGUCUACUUUGUGGAUUAUGUCACCAAUUCCAUCUAUCUUGAAGAUAUUGUAGACUCAAUUACUGUUCAGGAUCAUAUUUAUUCUGUACAAAAGAGUGGAAAUGAUACCAGUGACCUCCAUAAGUUAGCAGAGAAGAUGGGUGAGCUGUUAGCAAGGAUGCACGAUGAGGAUAUUAUCCAUGGGGAUCUUACCACUGCCAAUCUCCUCCUGCGGCCACCCAUGGAGAAGCUGGACUUGGUGUUGAUAGACUUUGGACUCAGUUUUAUUUCGGGUCUUCCAGAGGAUAAAGGAGUUGAUUUGUAUGUUCUGGAGAAAGCCUUCAUCAGCACUCAUCCAGAUACUGAAACGAUGUUCCAAGCUCUGCUAAAGACCUAUGCAGCCACGUCUAAAAAAUCUGGUCCUGUGAUCAAAAAACUGGAUGAGGUUCGGCUAAGGGGAAGGAAGAGAUCCAUGAUUGGGUAGAAGAGAGUGGGGUUAGGGAUGGAGAAAUAGUAGGUUUUGCAAAGAGGGUUAUUUAUAUUUCAAGUUGGUUUUAUUUCACAGAUCACUAUUUUGAUAACUGUGUCUUCAAAUAAAUAAACUUGAAAGAGUUCUAAGUGUCA